CGCGAACCCGUCUCUUAGCACUUCUGCCAUCGCCCUGACCCCACGACCUCUUAUACCCCCACCCUUCACCUCGACCAUGCACCGCGGCGUCCACCUUGUCGGCAGCGUCUGCCUCCCCUCCGAGGAGGAGACCUUCAUCCACUGCUCCGCCCUGCUGCCAGGCCGCCUGCGCCGCAUCCCCGAUGGCGAGCCCCAACACCGCCGGAACUUCACCAUGUUCCAGCAGAGCAUAUUCGCCAACGCGCCCGUGGUGCUGCGCAAGUACGACGACAAGUUCAACUCGCUGCCUGCCGAGCCCAUCAGCGCCGAGGAGGUCGACAAGGUCGUCAAGAGCUUGGGCGAGCUGCACACUGGCUACGACGACGCCGCCAUCAACUCGUACCAGAUCUUUUCGAAUCUGCGCAAGCAGGGCAAGAUCGACUCGCACGUCAAGUUCCAGGUCUCGCUGCCCACCCCGGCCAACGUCAUGUGCCUGAUCGCGGAGCCCUUCCAAGCCGCCCUCGAGCCCGUCUACGAGCGCGCCAUUCUGCGCGACCUCGAGCGCCUCACCACCGAAAUCCCCAAGCACGAUCUCGCCGUCCAGUGGGACGUCGCCUCCGAAAUCGCAUACCUCGAGGAGGGCGCCGAGUGGCCGCACUUCAAGCCCUACGUCGCGAACGUCAAGGAGCACUUUGUCGGGGCCAUGCACCGGCUGGGCAACGCCGUCGACCCCGCCGUCGAAAUGGGCUUCCAUCUGUGCUACGGCGACUUGGGCCACCGCCACUUCAAGGAGCCCAAGGACCUGAGCCUGCUGGUUGAGAUUGCCGGCGAGCUGUUCAGAGGCAUCCAUCGCCGCGUGCAGUGGCUGCAUAUGCCAGUGCCCAAGGACCGCGAGGACGCCGCUUACUUUGCCCCCUUGAAGCAGUGCCACAUGCUCUGGGGCACGGAGCUGUAUCUGGGCGUCGUGCACGCCCACGACGAGGACGGCACGCGCCGUCGCAUCAAGACGGCGUCGGAUGUCGUGGGCGCGUUUGGCGUCGCGACCGAGUGCGGCAUGGGCAGGACGCCGCCCGAGGACUUUGCCUCCAUCAUGCAGAUCUCGGCGGCCGUAUCGCAGCCUAUCAAGAACUAGGCGUGUGCCGGCCUGUCGAUAUUCAAGAUAAUAGAAUCUAGAUUUAAGCUGUUCAGACUUGUUGGCGAUAUUUUAUUGUUUGCUUUCUGUCGGGGCCCCGGGUCCGUUAACCGUCCAGGGUGCCAGAUGAGCUUGACGUCCGCGCGAUAUCCUACAAAGCAGCAGCAGCAGCAGCAGCAGCUUAUUCAAUAUGAAUGCUCCAAUUGAACUCACUGCAUGCAGCCAACAGGCCCGAGCCCUAGCCACAGCCCACCUACCCGGCACCCCCCUCUCACACCACCACGCACCACUCGCCACCACAACAACCCACAACAAUCCUCAUCCCUCACC